AAGGAGAAAAAAAAAAAACCUCUGCGGCGAAAGGCGAUUUCGAAGCGAUCUCUCUCUCUCGGCUCGACGAAGGUUAACCAUAAUGGGGCAAGAUUACAGUUACAGCCAGCCAUCUUCAUCAUCAAACUCUGUAGACAUAACCUCCCUGAUUGAAGCAGAAGCUCAGCUGUACGCGGAUGAAGCUGAGAGUAGCCACUUCAAUGCCGAGCCGCUUCAGUACCAACCGCAACCAGAGUGUGAUGAUGGAAUCCCUAGAAGCUGCUACUGUGGUGCGGAGCCAGUUGUCGGCUACUCUACAACUCGUAAAGACCCAUACAGACGUUACUUCACGUGCAACAAUGCUGAAGAUGGUGACUGCCACGUUUGGAAAUGGUGGGACGUGGCAGUGAUAGAGGAGAUGAGGGACAUUCAUCGGGAGCUUAGGGAGCUUAAGGGUGCACUUAACGAGAGUGAGCAGAAGGUUGUUGUCCUCGAGAAGACAGUAACCGAGUUUUCAAAGAAGAAACCAGGAGUGAAGCUAAUGGUCUCUACCUUAGUUUUAACCGGGUUGGUGUUACUUAUUCUAGUUGGAAUAUUACUCAAGGCUUCAAAGGACAGUGGCGGACCUCGCUUGUUUCUGAAAUAAGGUUAAGUUGGUCACGGGUGCACUGAAGGUUGGGCA